GGACUCGAUUGAUAGAUUGCCACACACCCCGGCUACGCCCCCAUUCCCAGAGUGCUUUGCGCGGGGGUGACAGGUUGGCUGGGCUGGGUAAGGGUUCAGAGAAGCCAAAAUGGCAGACUUCGAGGAUCGGGUGUCGGAUGAGGAGAAGGUGCGUAUAGCUGCAAAAUUCAUCACCCAUGCACCACCUGGGGAAUUCAAUGAAGUGUUUAACGAUGUUCGGUUGCUGCUUAAUAAUGACAACCUUCUUAGGGAAGGAGCAGCUCAUGCAUUUGCCCAGUAUAACAUGGAUCAGUUCACUCCUGUUAAGAUAGAUGGGUACGAUGAUCAGGUCUUAAUUACAGAACAUGGCGAUCUGGGUAAUGGCCGAUUUUUAGACCCAAGGAACAAGCUUUCCUUUAAGUUUGAUCAUUUAAGGAAAGAAGCAAGUGAUCCCCAGCCAGAGGAUACAGAUGCAGCGCUAAAGUCCUGGAGGGAUGCCUGUGACACCGCAUUAAGAGCCUAUGUGAAAGAUCACUAUCCACAUGGCUUUUGUACGGUUUACAGUAAGACUAUAGAUGGGCAGCCAACAGUCAUUGCUUGCAUUGAAAGUCACCAGUUUCAGCCCAAAAACUUCUGGAAUGGGCGCUGGAGGUCGGAGUGGAAAUUUACCAUCACACCACCUACGGCUCAGGUGGUUGCAGUGUUAAAAAUCCAGGUUCAUUACUAUGAAGAUGGUAACGUGCAACUGGUUAGUCACAAAGAUAUACAGGAUUCUGUAGCAGUUUUGAAUGAUGUCCAAACAGCCAAGGAGUUUAUUAAAAUCAUUGAACAUGCAGAAAAUGAGUAUCAGACAGCAAUCAGUGAAAACUAUCAGACUAUGUCAGACACCACAUUCAAAGCCUUACGCCGCCAACUGCCCGUCACCCGUACCAAGAUUGAUUGGAACAAAAUCCUCAGCUACAAGAUUGGCAAAGAAAUGCAGAACGCCUAAGGCCAGAGCAGAGGUGUUGUCGGAAAUGUUGGCAUGCAAAGAAAACAAAGCAAAUGUGGUCCUUUGCCAAGUAGGUGGUUUCUCUGAGAUAUUGGCAUUUGUCUAGGGCUUUCAGAGUUAACAGGUUUUCUAGCCUCAUGGAUUUGUGUCCCUGCUUAUAAACUUCCUCUGUGAAAGUCAUUGUUCAUUUCCUAGUAGGCUUUUUUCUUUGGGCCACUUUGGGAACAGUGCUGUCACUCUGCCUUUUGUAGUGGUUGGAAAACUUCUUAGCUAAGAAAGUCCUACUAGAAAUGCAGGCUGGCAAUAUUGGAGAUACUGUUCCAGUAUUCUGGCCAGCAGUCCAGGUAUUGCAUUCAGUUCAAUAGGACUGCUGGCAGCUUUAAGGCAUUGCACUUCAGCAGAUAUAACUUGUCCUACCCUGCUGCCCACAAUUGCCAAUCUCCACCUCUCAAUGUCCUCUAGGCUUAGCUUUUCAUGUUUGCAAGGUGUUUACAAGACCCCUCCCAGAUAUCCCAAGAAGGCCAGAUCCUCUGGAAAAGUGGUUUGGGUGGGGUGUAGCGGGGGGGGGUUGUUUUUGUUUGUUUGUUUUUAUCCAAAGACUUGAGCCACAUUUUCUGCAAGUGAACCUUUUUCUUCUCUGUCCUUUUCUGGAAGUACAGUUAAUAUAUACAUUUGCAGUUUUACAGGAUGGGUCCUCGAUUCCCCCUACCCCCCAAAAUACUGUAAUUGCUGCUGAGGCAUUUUGUUUAGACAAAGAAGAAAUUACAAAAAUGUAAAGCUGAAAAUGUUUUAAGGAGCAUAGGAUUUAGUGUGUUAAUACUUUGUGGCAAGUUUACUGGCAUUUGUACCAGAGAUGUAUGAAUGGACACGUUUAAAUGGUCAAUAAAAGAUUUGCACCAAAA